UUUGUAGUGAAAAUGCCGAAAGUGGUCUCGAGGAGCAUAAUAUGUUCCGACACUAAGGAUCAAGAAGAAUACAGCGAAGAAAAGCCGCUACAUAUUUAUUAUUGUUUAUGUGGACAAAUGACGUUGAUUUUAGAUUGUGCGAUAGAAAAAUUACCUCUGAGAAAGAGAGACGGUGCACGAGUUAUUGAUGGAAGUAAACAUGCUCAUAAAAUGACCUGCGAGCAAGACGAAGUCGUGUAUUUGAAACGUUCUGAAGGCAUAGAAAAACAAUAUCGUCAAAAAUGUAAAAAGUGUGGACUUUUUCUCUAUUAUAAGCAUGAUCAAGGAACAAAUAUUGUAUUUAUUGUGAAAGGUGCUGUAAUUAAAAGUUCUGGUGAAGGUCCUAUGACAGACAUAUACAAUCAAGUAGCUAUUGAAAAACCAAAGAAAAUAAUGGUUACAAAGCAUACAAAAAAUAUGGGAAAAUUCAGUUCCGUUACUGUGUCUACCAUUGAUGAGGAAGAAGAUGAAAUUGAAGCUAGAGAAGUCGCUGAUUCAUAUGCAAAUAAUGCGCGAAUAAUAGAAAAACAAUUAGAGAGGAAAGGAAUGAACAAACGAAAGGCCAUGCCUCCUCCUGAAGCAGAUCCAAAGAGAACACGACCUCGGGGCACGCUAUUGGAUGUAUAAUAUUUAGUUGCAUAUUAUUACAUAUUUAAAAUAACUAAAAAUGUAUAUAAA